AUGGACGAGGGAAUCGUGGAGAGUCCGCUCGAACAGACGGCACAGAGACUCACCGAUGACAUACAGAGUAUGUCGAAUUACAGAGCGCUUUACAACGAGAUACAAAGACUUGUCGCGUCGUCCGUCGUGAACAAAGAUGACUUUAAAAACUCGCUGGUUGCUGCACUCAAAGAUAAUGGUCUGGAGACUGAAAUCAGAAACACGGUGUUUCACUGGGCACGAUCUCGGGGUUCGCUGCACUCUCGGUCAGUUUCAUAUAUACAGACAGCCGACCUGAGCUACCUAAAGAAGACUCAGAUUCAAUGGGAACGACGUAUACAAAAAUCAUUGAAUUCAACAUGCAGUGAGUUGAACGUUCCACUGGCUCGUAUAAGAUCCACUUCUGAUAGGGACGAACUGGCUGAAAAAUGGAAUGAAUUGAGCACUUAUGACAUAGAUUUAUCACAAUACCGACCACUGUAUGCACCAAAGGACUUCCUAGAUGUAUUGUUCUCCAUACGUGAUCCUUCAUUCAAAAAGCAACCAGACGAAUUAAAUUGGGAUUUUAGUCAUAUACAAAUUAGUGUAAAAACGCUUGCGCAAUUGAGACGUAUGUACUCAGAAUUAGCACAGGGAAUGCCAUUACUGGGAAUAAAUUCUGAUAUGCCGGCCACAGAAAGUUUCCUAAAUUUGGAAGCCGAGCGGACGCACAUUGGCGAAAAAGUACUAAAUUCAAAUCAUGCCCCAAUUGCACAGGAAUUUCUUAAAAGAGGAUCUCCUCGAGCGUUGCGCGGUCGUAUUUGGUCACUCGUUCUCGGAUCUGUUAUCAAAGAUAAUGAUAUAGAAUAUUAUGAAGAAUUGAAAAAUAUGGUUUUGGAAUAUGAUAUUGUGAUAGACAAGCUGAUAAUAAUGGAUGUGCAAUUAACGGCAAGAAACGACGAUCAAUACUUUGUAUUUGAAGAUGUUUUGUAUAAGACAAUGUUAUGCUUUUCGAGGGAUUCUGAAAUACUUGCACCAGUCACAACUGACAGAAGUGCCGGUGGUCAAGUGAUCCACGCGGUUUUGCAAGGCAAACCUGCGACAUUGGAAAAUACUUUGGUCUUUCCACCAAGUGGUGUUAUUCCAUUUCAUGGAUUUACAAUGUAUGCUACGCCAUUUUGUUAUUUAUAUGAUAAUCCUUGCGCUAUGUAUUAUACUUUCCGUGCAUUCUACUUGAGAUAUUGGUUCCGUUUGCACACUGUAUCGUGUCAUGAACAAGGUAUAGUUGCUCUCUGCUUGCUUUUUGAACGAUUACUACAAUGUCAUGAACCGCAGUUGUGGGCUCAUUUCAAAAAUAUACAUAUUCAACCCAUAAAAAUAGUCUUCAAAUGGCUCAUGAGAGGUUUCAGUGGCCAUUUACCGCCUGAACAACUAUUGUAUCUUUGGGAUCUAAUUCUCGGUUAUGAUUCUUUGGAAAUUAUACCACUAUUGGCAGUGACGAUAUUGAGUUUUCGAAAAGAAAAUUUACUGCAAGUUAAUACUCAACAGAAUGUAGAGGCUGUGUUAGCAGACUUAUCUUCAUUAAAAGUAAUGCCGUUACUGCAGUUGGCUCUUCUAAAAGAAUAAUCUUCACUUCUACACAUAAAAUUAUAAUCACGAAAUUUGUAAACUUUUUUUUAGAUUUAUAUUAUUUCUCUGAUUUUCAUCAUAUCUUACUCUGUAAUUUUAUUCAUAAAAAUAUUAUAUAUCGAUAGUGAAAAAUAUA